UUACCCCGGAUGGAGAGAAUGAAAAUCAAAAAUAUGUAAUCUCUGGUAUUGUUAAAGAUCUUACUAAUCGAACAGAAACUGAUCACGAAUCACGAAUGAUAGGUCAUCUAUGUGAAGUUGGUUAUUUCCAUGAUUCACGAAGACUAGCUAAUGAUGAAAUUCGUAUAGUAAAAUAUAACAAUGCCCUUUAUAUUGACCCUAGUAAGAGUGGUAUCAAUUCACUUUUUAGAAAUACUAUCCAAUAUCUUUUUUUUAAUAACAUGGAAACAACUAAAGAACGAGUCAGAAAAUUAUUUCAAUAUGCAGAAACAGUGGUUACUAUCAUUGAUAAGAAUCCAAAGGCAACUAUUCAAAAACUUGUUAAGAGUCCAAAAUCAAUGAUUAUAUUUCCAGAAGGAAAUAAUGCUACUGAUAUUCAGGAAAAGCAUCAGUGA